AGUAUUAUUUUCACAUGCCGGCAACGGUCCUACUUUUGUGUUCUCUCCCAAUUCGUGACGUGUCUGCGGUAAAUUUAUAAAAAAUCUCCGUUUUAUACCCAAAUUACCGGAGAAACCGCAUUAAGAAGAGCAACAUGGUCGAGCUGGCGAGCGUCAUUUCCAAGUUCUACAACGACUACGUGCAGAACACCCCCAAGAAGCUCAAGCUGGUGGACAUCUACCUGGGCUACAUUCUGCUGACCGGCAUGAUCCAGUUUGUUUACUGCUGCCUGGUCGGCACCUUCCCAUUCAAUUCAUUCCUGUCGGGCUUCAUCAGCACCGUUAGCUGCUUCGUCCUAGCCGUGUGCCUGCGCCUGCAGGCCAAUCCCCAGAACAAGGCCGUCUUUGCCGGCAUCUCGCCGGAGCGCGGAUUCGCCGACUUCAUCUUUGCCCAUGUGAUCCUGCAUCUGGUGGUGAUGAACUUCAUUGGCUAACAAACUUGUAUAACUGGAUUCGCAUGUAUUUAAAAUAAAAUGUAAACUAAUUGUAGUA